AUGAUUGUACAUACCACAAUACAAUACAGGACAUAUCUGUACAUUGUGCAACUAACCCAGUUCCUGCAGCCUCGUGCAUUCAAGCCGCAUUUUCAUCAGCCUCAUUCCACCAUUGGCGCGACUAACCCAGUCGGACCUCGACGACCCGCAUUCACACUCCCCUCGGGCACGACCUCGACGACCGAUUGAGCACCAAUUCGCUGCCGGCAAGUCCGUCGACGAACCAGUCGAAGAUGUCGGGCAGAUACGCUUUCGCGAAGAGCUUGAGGGAGCUGCGGUUCCUGUUCUGCCAGACUGCUGAGCACAGCUCUGCAACGAGGUCCUUCCUCGCACGUGCAUACCCGAUCAUGAAGAAGAACAAUCCGUCAAUACCCAUCAUGUUGCGGGAAGCCCAGGGCACUCUCCCAAGAGUGUAUGCCAGAUACGAGUUUGGAAAGGAAAAGAGCGAGUCAUUAGAAGGACUCUCGGACAAGCAGAUUGAGGAGACAGUUACGAAACUCGUCAAGGAAUGAGAGAGGAUGCGGCACUGCAACUGAUGAUUAAAGGCCAGGUGUUGCGGCGGGAGGGCGAUAUGUACAUAGGACUGAGCCAUACACCUACUACGUGAUCCGCCUGCGCCAUGCCGGUCGUACUCAGUGCCCACAAGAUCUUCACCUAGCGUUGGAUUCCAUUAUUGUCGGCUGA